AAACAAUAUUGAUGACGUCACUACCACCCGUACAAACAUUCUUACGUGAAAAGCGCGGGAAUAUGGAAUUUUGGGUGUAGAGCAUUCAUGUGCUUGUUUUGCCCAAAGUAUGUUUCUUUAUUAAACCAAGGAGUUCGGUUUUGACUGCGAGUGAUGACGGACGUUCCUGCGCUUACUCGCGGUUAAGUUGGACAACUCGUUAAAUGCAGUAUUAGCGGAAGACAUUGAUUAUGAUCGUAUGGAGGUAGUGUCGCGCAAUGAUGUAAAGCGGAAAAGCAUAAGUGAAACCAGUGAUCUGAUUGAACGAACCAACAAAUCAUGCAAGCGUGACGUCCGUUUAAGUAAUUCCUUGGGCGAAGACAUGUCCGGCGACGGACGAGGCCGGGUGGCCGAUCAACAACGUGGAAGUGGAAGAGUUUUAAUAGACACUGGAGAUGACAAUAUUCCAGAAUACAUAAAUACACUGACGAGUGUUUUGCAACAGGAAAAUGCUACUUUGGAGCAUGUUAUAGUGACUCACUGGCAUCACGAUCACAUUGGAGGAUUGAAGAAUGUUUAUGACAUGUCACAUAAAGGUUGUAAAGUAUGGAAAUACAAGCGUGGCAGCCUUGAUACCCUUCCUGACGGUAUUGUCCUCAAUUCCUUAACCGAUGGACAAGAAGUCUCCACAGAAGGGGCCACACUGAGGGUUGUUCAUACUCCAGGACACUCAACUGAUCACGUAGCUCUGUCGCUACUGGAAGAGGACUCACUCUUCAGUGGAGAUUGCAUACUUGGUGAAGGCACAGCGGUGUUCGAAGACUUGCAUGAUUAUAUGCAGUCUUUGAAUAAAAUUCUGGAGCUGAAACCAAGCUGCAUAUACCCUGGCCAUGGCCCCACAGUAAUGGAUCCUGUACCAAAGGUGAAAUUUUAUAUAGAUCACAGAAAUCAACGAGAAGACCAAAUCCUGCAGUUUUUGAGGGAGGAAAGCACAAAGGGAUUUACGGAAAUGGACAUAGUUGAAAAUGUUUACAAAGAAACUCCGAAACAUCUUCACCAGGCAGCGGCUUACAAUGUCAACCAUCACCUUUGCAAGCUCCAAAAAGAGAGGAAGGCAAAGCUGAACCAAGACGGCCGCUGGCAGUAUGAUGAAGCGUCCAAGUUGUAGAUACUGCAGUGCCAUUUGAACGCGGUGCUGCAGUGACAUUUGAGUGCCACAGACGCAAUUCCUAUUUAUGUUACGUUCCUCAGUACAAUUAUUUAAUCAAGACAUGUUUGAUGCUGAGCAAGGUGGUGUGACAGUUGAAUUUUGGAUUAUCCUUCUGAAGUACCUGGGUCAUCCCGAUUUAUGUUUCCCAGUUUCACUAAAUAAUCCAGAAAAGUG